CUCACGUCGUUCCUUGGUCUACUCGACCUUAAAACAGGUGUCACCGUCGCCCUUCUUUUUGCCCUCCUGAACAAAGUAGCUGGCAUCUAUGGCCUCAUCGCCGUUCUUACAGGGGCUGGAGGUUCCUUUGCCCAACUGAGCCUCUACAUAUACUCAGUCUUUGCCCUCGUGGCCCUUGGCUGGGGUUUGCGCGUGGUUAAGCACGAGGACCCAAAACAAACCCUCUACUUUGCCCACCUCUUCUUCGCGGAUCACAUAUUCUCUACCUCCUGGACCGUCUUCUUCGCACUGGUCUGGUGGUUGUGGACACCCCAUGAUGGACGUCGUCAGGCCAAUUCGAGCGCUCAGAAGGCCAUGAUGGAGCUCGGGAACGCAACCGCACUCACGCCAGCAGAACGCGAAGAAGCGGCAAUGGCGAUCUGGAACCACGAGAAAGGUAUGGCUGCUGCCGUCAUCAUCAUCUCUUGGCUUUUCAAGAUCUACUUUACCCUCCUUCUCUACUCAUACGCAUCGCAUUUGCGCAAAGGCUCUUACCGCUCUUUACCCCUCUCCCGU